UUUCACUUUCACAAUGGGGUUGUUAAGGAUGGCUUUUAAACUGAUAAAUUCUUCAAAAAUACUCCAGGUAUUGUGUUUACUAAUAGUUAUAUUUGGGGUAUACUGUUUCUACAACUAUGCAAGUUCUCCUAAAAUUUCUGGCCUUAGAAAUAUGCAAGAAUCUAUGAAACCAAAUGAAAAUUUUAAGACAAAUGAUCACAAAAUAAUUUCGGAAUCUAAGACUAAAUCAGAGAAAGACACAGGCGUUGAAAAGAGACAUGAUGUGAUGAUCACUUUCACCAAAGCUGAGAGUAACCCAGGUCUUCAAGAUAAAUUUAAAACAACUGUGCGAUCAAUGUUCAGAUUUGCGCGACGACCUGUGAAUCUUCAUAUUUUGGGAGAUGAAAAAAGCAAGGAGAUUGCCAGAUCUAUUCUUCUGGAGGCGGCAGAUUCCAGCAAAUACCAGCUUCAACAUCUAGACAUUGAUUCAAUCACCAGACAAGUGCAUGAAAUAGUUUCCGACAUGCAGAAGUUCUUCAGCUAUCAGCCUGGGGCAUACUACAGUGACGCCCUCUUCUUCCUCUCCAUAGUUAUACACAGAGUCCUUCCACAACUGCACCGAGUGGUCUUGCUGGAUUCAGAUCUGAAAUUUAAUGCUGAUGUUGCAGAAUUGUUCACGCAUUUUGAUAAGUUUUCAAGCAGCAACAUUAUGGGCAUAGCAAACGAUGCUCAGCCCGUGUAUCGGCAUAACUUUCAUAUGUACAGAAACAAGGUCAAGGACACUAUGGUAGGUGGACCUCCACCCAAUGGAACCACAGGCUUUAACAGCGGAGUUCUUCUGCUUGAUUUAGACAAGAUGAGAGCGUCACAGCUCUAUAACUCUCUCAUUUCAUCUCAGGUUGUAGAGAAUCUGUCACAGAAAUAUAUGUUUAAAGGUCACCUGGGAGAUCAAGACUUCUACACACUGAUAUCUGUGGAGCACAUGGAGUUGUUCUACGUGUUACCAUGCACAUGGAACAGGCAGCUCUGCACGUGGUGGAAAGAUAAUGGCUACGCUGACGUGUUUGAUCAGUAUUUUACCUGCGAGGGACACAUCAACAUAUACCACGGAAACUGUAAUACACAAAUCCCCAAGCUUGAGUGGGAGACCAAUUAGAGGGAGGGUGGUUUUCUUGUAUUCUGGGAGAAAUAUUUUGAGGGAUGUGCAUACUUUUUUACCUGAUAUUGUUUGUGUUUUUUACUAUUUUGGGAAUUUGGCCAGGAACCUUUGGUUUUGAAAAUUGAGUUGUUUUGACUAAACUUGGUGUGGUUUGUUAUAAAAUGGAGAAUAAAAGGCAAAAGUGAUUUAAAUGUUAUAUUCACUUAAGUGCAAUUCCUUGAGCUGAAUAGGGAGAUGGACCUUAUAUUCUGAUUAAUAAAUAUUGUUGUUUUUAAACCUUCCAUCAGGAAUUUCUGGCAGCAAUUAAGGAAAAAUAUAUACUAUUGAGCUUGGGAAUGCGGCCUAAUUUUUGCCCCAAAAUUGACACACAAAAACAUUGCUGGAUCCCCAAAUGAACGCUUCCCCUGUUCAUUUAAAAAAAAUUAUCAUAGCUUAUUUUUUGUUUAAGUUUAAUAUUCAAUGAAAAUACAUGCUCUUUAUAAAUAGUUAGCUAAAAUGUUUGCACGUGCAGCUACAGAAUCAUUUUUUUUCCUGGUUGUGGUAUGUAUUAAUUAUUAUGCCUAUGGCUGUAUUUUGAAUUUAUUGAACAUCUUCCAUUAGGAAAAUAUAAGGCUCCCACGGGCAUUGAUUAUGGUAGUCUUCAUACGAACUAUUCAAGUUAUAUAUAUUUUUAUAGUCAGGCUAUUGGAUUUUUUUUUAUACUAUAUCUGUUUCUAUGCAAGGACAUGUAUAUAGGUUAUUUGAUUAAAAAUUGCACCAUGAAGACUGUUAUGGUAUACACAGUGUUUGAUACAGAAAUGUACGGUAAAUUCAACAGUUUCUUGGUCUACACUUGAAUCAAAUUUGAUGUGACAUGAAAUUUAUCAGACAAAAUAUGUUAUCAGUAUGUACAGCUGUAUACUGUAUGUAUUCUUUAUGGAUCUGUGAUAAACAUGUGCUUCCUGUCAUCUUAAGGAAGGGUGUAGACUUGAAAGAAUGUAUAUUAUUUGUUUCACGCAUGGCUCUAUGGGUACCUUAUAACACGAGCUCUUACUUUGUUUAAAUUGUUGAUUAAGACCUAUUAGCUUUUUUAAUAUGUCAGAAUCAUAUCCACAAUAAAGUUUUUACAUUCAAUCAAUUAAUUAAUAAACACUAAUAUUUUUAUUUUUCAGACUUGUAAUCAAGUUCAUUACAAUUAAUAGUUUGCAUCCUCUUUUAUCA